GGCAAAUCGGUCAAGCCAAAAAAUCCUGCCACCACGAUCGAUCACUCCAACAACAGAUCCAGCCCAACCAGCAGCAUCUCGUCGCAGUACACCGAGGCACACACACUACCUCCCUCUCCCUCCCCGUCCCGGGCUCGCAAUCAUUCAUAUCUCCAUGGCGGCGCCCGCGCUGCUCGCCGCCGCGGCGCUCCUGGCGCUGGCGGCGGCGUGGCUGUGGGACUACGCCGUGGCGCGGCACCUGCUGCGGCCCCGCGCCGUGGGCGCCGUGUUCCGGGCGCAGGGGGUCCGCGGCCCGCCCUACAGGUACCUCCGCGGCAGCAACGGCGACAUCCGGAGGAUGAGGAUGAGGGCCGAGGCCGACGCCGCGGCGCUCGACGCCCGCGACCACGACUACCUCCGCAGGGUCCUGCCCCACUUCCUCGCCUGGAAGGACAAGUACGGAGCCCCGUUGCUGCACUGGUUCGGUCCGCAACCGCGCAUCUGCCUCUUCGACUACGAGUCGGUGAGGCAGGUUCUCUGGAACAAGUCCGGGCAUUUCGCCAAGACCGACGCGCACCCGGCUAUCCUGGCAUUGCUUGGCAAAGGGCUGGUGCUGGUGGACGGCGCCGACUGGGUGCGGCAUCGAAGGGUGGCCAAUCCGGCUUUCGCCAUGGACAAGCUCAAGAUCAUGGCGACGACGAUGGUCACCUGCGCCGAGCGGUUGAUCAGGGAGUGCGAGGAGCUUGCGUCCACCAGCAAGAGCGGGGAAGUGGAAGUGGAAUUCAGCAGGCACUUUCAGGAGUUGACAGCAGAAGUUAUUUCCCGCACCGCUUUCGGGAGCAGCUAUAAAGAGGGAAAAGAAGUCUUCCAUACGCAGCAGCAGCUCCUGGCACUUGCCCUGGCCACUCUCCUCAAUUUGCAACUGCCAGGAUUCAAGUAUCUUCCUACUAAAAACAACAGAUUGAAGUGGAUGCUGGAAAAGAAGAUGAAGACGACGCUCACGGCGAUCAUACAGCCCCGGCUAGCAUCGAAAGGAAGCGGAUACGGAGAUGAUCUGCUCGGUUUGAUGCUUGAGGCAUGCUUCACGACAGAACAAGGAGAGAAACAAGAUGAGCUGGCCCUGACCAUGGAUGAGAUAAUAGAUGAGUGCAAGACGUUCUUCUUUGCAGGGCAUGAGACCACAUCCCACUUGCUUACCUGGACAAUGUUCUUGCUCAGCCUGUAUCCGGAAUGGCAGGAGCGGCUAAGGGAGGAGGUUCUGAGAGAAUGCGGAAGGGCAAAUCCUACUGCAGACAUGCUUAGCAAAUUGAAAGAGAUGACAAUGGUACUCCUUGAGACACUAAGACUCUAUGGCCCUGUUUUGACCAUGCUAAGGAAGCCCAUAUCCGACAUGAGACUGGGAAGCCUCAGUAUACCUAAAGGCACUGGAAUUAUAAUACCUAUUCCAUUUCUCCACCGAGACAAAGAGGUCUGGGGUGAAAAUGCCAAUGAGUUUGAUCCGUUAAGGUUUGAGAAUGGGAUCACAAAUGCAGCAAAGACGCCACAAGCUCUUCUGUCAUUCUCAAUAGGACCAAGGUCAUGCAUCGGUCAGAACUUUGCAAUGUUGGAAGCAAAGUCAUUGAUGGCCAUGAUCCUGCAGAAAUUCUCCUUCACACUUUCCCCAAAGUAUGUGCAUGCACCAACAAAUCUUAUAACACUUCAACCGAAGUUCGGUCUUCCCAUAGUUUUGAGGCCACUGGAUGUAUAAUAAUGUUAGAUGAUUCUGUAUGUAUCCUAUGAAGCUGAAUUAUGAUGUGUAAAUAAAUAUACAUGUGUCAGUAUUUUGGGACUACAUUCACCAAACAGUAAUACAGUAUAUUUAAAAAGCC